AUGAAUCAAUUUGUCGAACUGAUUUAUGUCAGUCUUUACGAACUUGCUGAUCUGUUAAGUAUUAUGCGACAGUAUUUGACUCCUGGAUGGCUGUAUACGGAAGAAAUGAACACAACAAAAUUCCACAGUGUCCCAAAGAUCGUCCCAUUGCGUCUGCCUACGGAAGAACUGAACACGACAUCAUCACACAUGACUUCAGAAGAUUAUCACCAAGAUAUUUGCCCUGAAAAUGUGAUUAUGACAGGGGAUUUUUCUUUGAAAUUAGCCUAUUUCCCAACAAUUCCCAAUUUAAUCGGUGGACAGCGAUAUGAAGGAGUUGAGAAAUAUGGAAGAGCUGAAUGGGAUGAGUCAUUUAAAAACCAAGUUUACUCGAUUGGGUUAAUUAUUUGGGAGAUUAUCGAAAGAAGGAGAGUUUUCGAGGAAUAUGAUAGAGAUGGAAAGUUUCAAGUCGAUCAACUUCAUCAGGAUCUAAAGACGGGAAAAUUCCUGCUCCCAUGGCCGAAAUGUGAAAGCCGAUUGGCGGUGAUUGUUGAAUUAUGCACUCGAUUAAAUCUUGAUGAUCGGCCUGGUUCAUCAGAUGCUUUCGAUUUACCGUACUCAAAAAUAUCUCAACAUGCAAGUAACAAAAAAGAGCCUCAGGCUCUCAAAAUGAAGAUCCGGGAAGAUGAACGUUGUUUGAUUCGACCCAUUGGAUUUGAUGGAACCGAAAAUGAAGACAAUCCAAAAGUUUCGAGAAAUCCUCAAAAACGACAUGUUAUACUAUAUUUUGAUGGAGAAGUCGAA